AUCCAACUCAGCGGAGCACCUCUCGCCCUCUGGGGACCAGAAGUGACCAUCGCAUCAGAGUUCGCAGCAGCAACUCUCAGUAGGAGCGCGCUGGUGAUGUGACCGCCGGCUGCGCCACAGCGGCGCUUUUACGCACCAUGGAUGCGCUUCUGCAUGAUCUGGAUGGCUGCGUCCACAACGUGUCCGGGACCAGCUCGACUCCUGGAAACGCGAAUCAUACGUCGAACAGCACCGUGAACCCGCUGAAACGCAAUGAAGAAGUCGCCAAAGUGGAGGUGGCGGUCCUGGUUCUGGUGCUGCUGCUGGCUCUGACCGGGAACCUGUGCGUCCUAAAGGCGGUUCACUCCACCAAACACAGCCAGUCCCGGAUGUAUUACUUCAUGAAGCACCUGAGCAUCGCGGACCUCGUGGUUGCGGUGUUCCAGGUUCUUCCGCAACUCAUCUGGGACAUCACGUUUCGCUUCUAUGGACCGGAUCUGUUGUGCAGGCUGGUGAAAUACGCGCAGGUUGUCGGCAUGUUUGCGUCCACCUACAUGCUGGUCCUGAUGUCCGUCGACAGGUGUAUCGCGAUCUGCCAGCCUCUCUGGUCCAUCCACCGGAGGAAGGAGCGCGCGUGCGUCAUCGCCUCCUGGGUGCUCAGCUUGGUCUUCAGCAUCCCUCAGAUGUACAUCUUCUCUCUGAGAGAGAUUGGGAACGGCGUGCAGGACUGCUGGGCUGACUUUGUGCAUCCGUGGGGAGGCAAAGUCUACAUCACGUGGAUGACCCUCAGCAUUUACAUCCUGCCAGUGGCGGUUCUCAGCGUCUGCUACGGCCUGAUAAGUUUUAAAAUAUGGCAGAAUCUGAAUGUGAAGACCCGAAAAGAAGCCAUUGUUGCUCUGACCCCGAGAGCGUCCAAAACUGCCACCCACCUCUGCCGCGUAAGUAGCGUCAGACUCAUUUCCAAAGCCAAAAUCCGGACGGUGAAGAUGACUUUUGUGGUGGUCCUUGCCUAUGUAGUCUGUUGGACCCCCUUUUUCUUUGUCCAAAUGUGGUCUGCCUGGGAUCCUGCUGCCCCACGAGAAGAAGCAGCAUUCAUCAUCGCCAUGUUGCUGGCCUGCCUCAACAGCUGCUGCAACCCCUGGAUCUACAUGUUCUUCGCAGGCCACCUCUUCAAGGACUUGUUGCAGGGCUUCUUCUGCUGCUGUCAGCACUACUGGACGGCGCCCCCCUGCCAGUGCGAGCGGCAGUGCAGCCACAAGAGCAGCUGCUCGACUUAUGUCAUCAGGAACACCGGCAGCCACAGGAGCGUCUCUCACACUUCCAGCACAUGAGGACCAGCAGCUGGAUCACAUUCAGAAGGACGCUUCCCUCCAGUUCUCUUAGUGGGCUCAGUGUGUUCUUUCAGAUGUUUAGAAUAGAGAACAGUGUGUGCACACGAUGGAAGACAGACCGUGACAUCAGACACCACCAGAAGUGAACCCACAGUUCUCCGAAUGGCUGGACUGAAUUACAGGUUUCUGGUGACAAUAGAUUUUUUUCUUCCAAUAAAGCUGUUAUUUUUUUGGUUUGAUUAUACUCCACAGUGCACAAGAACAACUUUCAUAUACUAUAUAAAACGUUUGCAGAGACUCACAAAAUCAACUCUUUGUAAUUCAGUAUGUGCAGAGUUCUUGACAAUCUAUGAAUAAUUAUAUGUAAAAUUCAUUUUUUUUGAGGGGCAAGUGUCAUCAGAGAUCGACAAGAGAGCUCAAUUUUUCCCAAUAGAUUUUCCUGUUUGAUGCCUGUUCUAUUUGGAUCAAAUUGAUUCUUUCAGACAAGCUUCAGCUUUGAGUGUAAAGCGUCUAGAUCUGCACCUGAGGAGAUGUCUCUGGUCUUACGUGCGGCCUAAAGACCCAUCUAUGCUCCCUUUAUGAGCGACAUUGUAUCCCUCUCUUUCAAAUGGUUACCGUCGUUGAUCACAUGCUUCUGUCCUUUCUUUUCGUUGGUGUUGCUGUUCACCAAUUUAUCCACCAGGGGGAGCAGCUCAGAGUGAAACUUUUAUGACAACAACAAACUCCAAAAUAAACAUGCCGACUGUGGAAGAAGUAUUGAACACGCAGUUCUUGCACAGAAGAGGGAAAUGGAGGCAGCGUUGUAGGAGGCCGUGGUCGGAGAGGCUGUUAAAUAUAUCGCCACUGGAGGAUGGAGAAUUUCCGUCAUUGUAAUGUCUUCUUCAUGUCUCAUUAGAGCGACAUAUCGGGUAGUAACAGCUACACUGCCCCCCACGGUUUCCGGUGGUACUGCAGAAAUAUGGAGGAAAUGAAGGCAGAGCUCC